GUGCCGCGGGGACCAGGUGUCGCCGGGGCGUGCCAAGAUGCAGCCCGGGCUCUGGCUCCUCCUGGCCGCGCAGCUCACAGUUCUCCACGGCAGCUCAGUGCUGCUACAGACCCCGCCAUCCUUAAUGAUUCAGACCAACAAGACGGUGAUGAUGUCCUGUGAAGCCAUAACCUCCCGCACUAGCACGGGCAUCUACUGGCUGAGACAGCGCCAGGCUCCAAGCCCAGACAGUCACUAUGAGUUCCUGGCCGUCUGGGAUUCCCGAAAAGGGAUUGUGUAUGGCCAAAAGGUGAAGCAAGAGAAGCUGACUGUGUUUCUGGAUGCUGGCCGGUCCAUUCUCAAACUAACUAGCGUGGAGCCUGCAGACAGUGGUAUCUACUUCUGCAUGACCAUCGGGAGCCCUGAGCUGAACUUCGGGAAGGGAACUCAGCUGAGUGUGGUUGAUGUCCUUCCCACCACUGCCCAGCCCACCAAGAAGACCACCACGAAGAAAAAGUGCCGGCCCCCAAGCCCAGUGACCCAGAAGGGCCCGUCCUGUGGCCCCGUCACCCUCGGCCUCCUGGUGGCUGGAGUCCUGCUUCUGCUGGUGUCGUUGGGAGUGGCCAUCCACCUACACCGCCUGCGGAGGAGAGCCCGGCUUCGUCUCCUGAAACAGUUUUAUAAAUAAGCAAAAAAUGUGCUUUUGGGGUCCUGCUACAAAAAUGCAUUGGUCAGUAAGAAGCGAGAUCUGGAAAAAUGAGAGAGAAGGGCCACGUUCAACUCACUCCACUGUGGAGAUUUCACGGACCUGCUGAAGUUGCCUGCUUUUAACUAUUGCAAGCGCUCUCUGUGGGCCUCACGCAUGGGAGCAACUUGUUAGUUGGUCAUCGGGAGUCACAGAGAGAAGGCUUCAGAGCCCCCCAAAAGCUUCCUGCAACUCGGAGUUGGGGGGCACACUGGAGGAUGGAGUAGAAAAUGCCGCCAUGACACCACUUCCAGCUCCCGAACUCCCCUGGGCUGGGCUGGGGCCUUUAUGUUGGCCGUCCAGCCCCCUUCUCUCCAGUUGCUUUGCCCCAAAGGGGCAGUGACAUGGAGUCCUGAGUCUCUCAUGGGAUGGCCCAGGAUGGCUCCUCCUUGGCCUUGCAGGCUGGGGCUGACUGUCCUCAUUGAGAGCCCCAGAGACCAGCCCCAACUUGGAAACCAGCUUUCUGUGAAAGGUGGACCUGACUCCUGCGGUUACUUCAGCCUCCGGGGAUGUUCUUUGGGGUCUGAGGACUUGUGGCUUUGAGAAGGGGAAGUCACUUUAUCUCCUUUUAGGAAUUUCCCCCGCUUUCACUUCUGCCCUCCCAUGGCUUGUAAAUUUCUCUGUCACUUUCUGUUCUUUUUAUGAAAAUGUCUUGGUUGUAAAAAUAAAGCCCUGAAUAAAAGAUGCAAAUGGGUCCUGUGAUGGAAAAGCACAAAGCCCAUCUGUGCAGUAAAGAUCUUGACGCUCAGCUGAAAAGAAAUAACA